GAUAAGAUAGUGUAUCUACCUAGGUAAUUACCGAGUGUGUGACUAAGGCACUGAUAUAUUCGUUUCUGAUUUUCAAUCUCUUUAUGCAUUUCUCAGCUCAAGUCGGUUCACUCCGUUCAGUGGAUGAAGCCCAACCACCAACCCCCACCAAUUGCCAGGAUAACUGCCCACUAACGCAGACACUAAAACCAGCAUGGCCCCACCUCCCAGGAGGCUCUUUAGGCGGCUCUUCCCAGUGAGUGGCCCCACCUUUAACCUACGGUAAGUGGAUGAAAAUUUGAGAAAAUACCGUUGCCAGCUUCUGACCUCAUCGUUCGCGGCGAAAACACAACCUCUCGCACGCUUACUCACGCAACCGGCGCAUUCAAAGAAGCCUUCUCUAAAACCACCGUGGUUUCAGUCGCAUAAGAAUCACUCAAGCUUAUUUCCUCUGCUUGAUCGCUCGUACAUCUAGACUGCGUCAUCAGCGGACUUGCUUGUUUCCUUCCUUCGCGUUUCAUCUCGUCGAAUCACUCGAAACAUAUAGCAACAUGUCGAUUCCACCUCAGCUCAUCCGCGUGAAGCGAAAGCGCGACGACGAGUCUCCUGUGACCUUUCUCCAGUUUGACGAAGGCGCAAAACGCCAUCGAAGUGAUAGCAAAUGGGUCUAUCAAAGGAGGCACCCCGGCCCUCAGUCCCCGACGAUAGAGAACCCAUCACCGUCUCUUCGUGAUGCCAAGCCAGUCAUUCACGUCUCCGGACCGAGCGAUGAUACACCACCAACAAAGAAGAGGGUCGACCUUGAUGAUGUCGCCCCUAUACCGGACACCAAAUUGAUCGAAACCUCCAAGGGCACCGAACCACGACGCUUUCACAUAUCGAGGAAGAUGAUGAUGGCCUCUAAUGCGGCACAACCAUCAGGUGCUGGUCUAAAUAAGCGAGCACGCUACGGACCUGCUGUCUUCGUCGAACGAAGCCGUGCAAAAGCUAGUCAACGAGCCUCUCAGGUUAUGAAGACCAUUCAGGCAUCUAUACCAGUACCACAAGCGCAACCAAGUCAAGACAUAACGAUGUCUUCAGAUGCCUCGUCCGAAUUGCAGCCUUCAGAGGAGCCACCACAACAGGAGCGACGUCUCAAAAAACCAGCAGCAAGGAGCAGACAGAACUCUCCUCUUCCUGGCCCCAAUACACGGUCUCCUCUUCCAACUUCCGUUACGAGUCCUCACAACCAAGAUUUAUCAAAGAUAACUGCUGACAUGAACGACUGGGUUAUGAAAGAGAUUGGGGCCAACCUCCAGGAUAUGGAACAGGAAAAGCAAAGAGUAGCCAGGUUCAAGCCUAGAGCUCCAGCUAAGAGAUAUCAGGAGCGUCACCCAGAGGUGGCUACAAGCACAUCCGAGCCAAACGAUGUCAGCAUGAAUAUGGGUGAGAGUGAGGCAGAGGACGACGACGAUUGGAUCAUCGAGGAAUACGUCCGCAUCCCUGCACACGCCAUGACUGUCGAUGUUGCACCGACCGAUGUUGGCGUGUUGGUUCUUGAUGGAAAGGAGGAGAGCAACCUAUUCUACGGCCCUGAGCGUGAUGAAGACGAGGACCUUGACGAAGAUGACGAGGAUGAGAAUGGUGAGUCUCUCGGCUAGUCUUGGGCAACACCACCCAGCUUGAAGACUUGAGAAUCAAGACUAACAAAGCAAACUUGUUAGCCGAGAACUACUACACGGCUGACUAUCCAGAAGACGAGGUAGAGUCAGAUGAUGAAUACGGGCGCCAUCCUUAUGGCUAUCGGAAUGGGAAUGCAUCUGACGACGAAGAGUUUGACAACAUGUACUAUGACGAAAGCGACAAUGACAUGGUCCUCGACGGCGGCGGCGACGACGACGCCACCAUGGCUCGUAUCAGGACCUAUAUGAGGCACAGCAAAGCCUUUCAAUAGAAGCACAUAGAGCAAACAAACUAGUCUAAAGAUUUUUGAGGCGUUAGACUUUCAGCCCAGCAGCAACAAAUCAACAUGUCCCAUCAUGUCAACCACCACAAGCAGAUCUCACACGCCCUCGCCGCCAACAAACAACAGACAGUGUAGGAUAGUCGCUUUCCCCCCAAACUUCUCUACCUCGCAUUCUUAUUCUGAGGACCCUUGAUUGCGCAAGCCACAACGGUGUACCCCUGAGGCAUGACACCUUCAUCAUUCGUCUCACUCGCCGAACAUGCAUUUCAAGUAAACCACCAACAAUACAUGCAAAGAUCCCGAUCUGGCAUGGCCAGUCGUCUUUUGUCGACGGAAUAGGCUCGGAGAAUCCGUCACACGUUGGAAGUUGUCCAUUGUUUGCCCGCGCCAAGGGGGAGGAGGGUAUUUGAUACUGAAAUGCACCAGUAUCGGGACAAUGACUGGUUUGUGCGCCAGGAUUCUAUCGCAUACCCCACGAUGCGUGCAGAGGCAUGUUGGUAACGGGGAUCUGGCAUCUAACCUUGCUCAGAGAAGGGAUCUUGCAUCUGCACGCCGUCUAGAUACACCGUCCUCGAGACACGUGCCAUGUCCGAGAUGGUAUCAGGGCCUUUUAGCCCUGCACUAGCGGCCUGAACUGUUUUACCCCAGGGGGAUCUACAUGUUUGUCUUCGCUUUAUCAAAGCAGAUGCGAAAUGCCGAAUGAAUUGACUUAGAUUCUUGGCAACCGCUUGUCGGGAAAAGGGGCGGAGGCAGUGGCUUUAAGAUCAUAAGCUUGCAUAACAUGACAUCUACAUCUGAGCUGAAGCUUAUUAUAGUCAAAUGCCAAGUGAAUCACAAUAGAUUUCAGAUAUAGAAGCUUUUUGCCAAGACAUGAAACAUACAAUACACUUGGCGUGGUAUUAGCAGCUGAAGAGUUUUGCAUGCCGAUUCUACCAUAGUAACACCCCUGCUAUAUCCAUUGGUAUCAUUAUUUUGAGGGAAUCAAUCGUGCUAUCUCUUUUGCCCACCCCCAGUGUUAUCCUUCCCCGGUGGUAUUUUGCAUCAUGCUGAUACAUCAUGUCCAAGAGUGGUCUGCAAAACACUCGAGGGCUGGAAAAGCAAGAACACGAAAUGAAAUGUACGGAUAUGACAAAGGAGAUUUAGUUACAUGCUUCAGGGUAUGGUAGGAACAUGAUCGUCGUGUCGUCGGAAAUUCGGUCGUUGAAAAGCGUAAUAUAGAACUCUUUGAGUUCAAACCAAAUAGGAAAAGGAAACAAUUCGCUUCAUCAGUGGCAACGGUGGUCGAGGUCGCUCUGUGUUCAUCAGUAUCUCCGCCGAUUGUUGA